GCGCUGCCGUCGACAAUUGGUGUCUCGGGCAAGUCGGGCGACCACGGACGAAAGCAGCUGAGCGCGUUUGGUCGCAUUGUCUCCAACCUCUCGGCCGGGGCCCUCAUUCUGUUAUCUCUUCUUACGCUCAUCGUGCUCAUCACGGAGGGCAUGUUUGAUCGGCUUGUCAUGUCCAACAACGGACAGUCGCUUGACUACUUUUGGGCUGGAUACGGCGAGACGUGUGAGCUGGCGUCGACAGGCUGGGUGCCACAGUCGUGCUCGGCCCUCGAGGCCAAUGCGACGACGCCGGAUGCGUGGGCCUCUGUCGGACACAUUCUCGCUGCACAGUGGUCGUUGGAGCUUCAAGAAGCCUCACCAUUGUACAUUACGACGUGCAUCGUCGGUGGCCACACGGCCGUCGGGUGGGGCGUCCUCAUCUUCAUUGCCGGCUACGAUGCGUAUCCUGCGUGCAUUCCAACCACCGGUGGCCAGCCAAUUGCUGGCAUCGCCAUGCUGGAAACCACC